UUAACAUUCCUUUCGGUCCUCAACCUAUCAAAUAACAAUCUCGCUGGAAGCAUCCCUACGUGCAGGCAGCUCCAGACAUUUGACAAUACUUCAUACAAAGGUAAUCCAGGUUUAUGUGGUAGUCCAUUGGCUGAAUCUUGUUCAGAUAGCGGUACCUCAAGAGUCGGCGUCAACUACAUGAAAUCUGGUACAGGAAUUCAUGGAUCCCCUAAGUCUAGAAUUAGGAUUUACGUUUGGGUUAGGUGGUAUUAUUUUACCCGCGCUGCUCUAGCCAAGCUUCAGAAUUCAGUUUUGGCCGCAGAUUGA